GGACUCGCUGCCUAUUGGCCACCCGCACGUAAACGUACACAUGACGUUAUUUUGAAAUUUCAGCGGUGAAGCUGUUCAGUGUGUGGGACUGCUCCACUGCAGCCUUAUUGAGACGGUUAGAAAGUGUACUUACAGUGGAUUGAAAUGUCUUUUUCACGAGCCCCGUUGAAAAGGUUCAACGAGAACGUAGGUUGUGCCCCUCCACCGGGGUCCUAUGAGAUCAAACCAGGGGACCUGAAGGGAGCUGCUUCCUUCGACAAAUCUGAUCGAUUCAGACUUGUCAAGGCAGCCGCUAUGCAGCCACCAUCGCCCUCCAGAAGCUUCAUGGUGUCACCUGUCCGCAGGACUAUGUCGGUCGAUGGUCUUGUUGAAGGCUCAAGUGUAAAGAAGAAGAAUACCAUGACCAUGGAAAGGAAGCAGCAACAACUCUUAGAGAAAGAGAUAAGGUCUCUGGUUCAGCAGCGAGGGGAGCAGGACCGCCGCCUGUUGGCUCUGGAAGAGGAGCUGAAGAAGGCUGAGGCCAAGCUGCUGGCUGCAGUCAGGGAGAAGACGGGCCUGGCUGCCAAUGUCACCACCCUGGACAGACAGCGGGCGGAGCUCAGGAAAGUCAACGAGUUCCUAAAAAACAAGGUCUCCGCUGACACUACAAAGAAGAAAAUCAAUUCUCUCACCAUGGAGCUGAUGGAGGCCAGGAACACAGUGGAUGAUAAAAACAAGGAGUUAAAUGUCCUGCAGAUUAACACUGAAGGCCAAGUGAAGGUGCUGGAAGCUGACCUCCAAGCUGCCAGAGCUGCUGUCGCUGCUCUGAAGGACAGGAACCAAGACUUGGAGGACCUCCAUCAAGUGACCAAAUCCCAAAAUGAAGAGCUGGAGAAUGAGAAUGCUAGAUUGCAAGCUGUGAUGCACGAGCUGAGAGAAGAGACCAGAAUCUUGCAGGAAUACCUGGACACAGCCAACGACCAGAUUCAGGAUCUCCGUUUGAAGCUCCAAGAGAAGACCCGGGAGAACACUGUUGCUAGUUCUCAAAUGGAGAAAGUGAAGCAACUAGAGAUGGAGCUAGAAACUAUCCAGUGUAUGCUGGAACAAAAAGAGGAGGAGGCCCAGCAACUCCAGCAAAACCUGCAGGUGUCUAAAUAUGCUUUAGUGGAAGUGGAGAAGAGGCUGGAGCACCAGGCGCUGGAGCUGAAGGCUUCACUACGGUCAGUGAGCGACAUGGAGGAACAACUGGACUUGGCAAGCCAAGAGCUCCAAGAGUCUCAGGCGACUGUUCGACAGCAGGAGGCAGAACUGGCUCGCCUGAGAGAGGUCCUCAGACGGACGGAGAAGGAGCUGGACGAGAGAGUGGCACAUCUGGAACAGAGGUGUUUGUUCUCCGAGGAAGAGAGAAGCAAGACUCAAGAGGAGGGGAUAAGGAGAGUGGAAGAGUUAAAAAAAGAGCUCAUCUUACUUAAAAAAGAUGAAAAGAAGAGACAGAUUCAACUCGGGCUUGAACAUGCUGCUCUUACUGAGGAACUGACAAAAGAAAAGGCCCUGGUGGACUCGCUGUCUGUGCUGGUGGAGCGGGAGAGGGAGGAGUCUGAGGAGCGGCUGAGGCAGAUGAAGGAGGAGCUGGAGGAGGUGCUUGGAGAGCUCGCCGUCCUGGAGGAGCAGGAGCGUCGGACGCAUGAGGCGGCCGAGAGGCUGCAGGAGGAAAACGCGGCGCUGGAGAGGCAGCUGAGUGAUACCAGCACACUGUUCCAGAGUAAGAACAAUGACGUGGCAUCCUUGAAAGAGGAGCAUUUCGCCGCCAUGACAGAACUCCAGGAGGCACACACAAACUCUCUGAGCAAGAUGGCAGACGUUGUCACAGAGCUGGACAGCGCCAAACAGGCUCUGCGGGUAGCCGAGGGAAGACGGAAAGAUUUGGAAGCGGAGGUGGAGAGAGUAAUUCAGCAGAAAGAGGAGGAGGUCAACAGAGUGAAGGAGGGUUUAGAGGAGCGGCAGUUGGCUGAAGCCAAAGCCAGGGAGGAGUAUUCAAGAAAGUUGCUGGAGGUCCAGACGCGCCUUGCACAGAAAGAUGAGGAGAUAAAGACCAUGGAGGAAAACCACACUGCACUGAUCCAUCAGCUACAAUGGGAGAGAGAAGAGGCACUGAGGCAAUUAGAGGAACAGAGAGGUCAGGGUGUAACCCUGCUCCAGAAUGAGAAGGAAAAGGCCCGGAAACUGCUCGAGGAGGUCAGCCAGGAAAAUGGGACAUUACUGGAAGAGCUCCAACAGGAAAGAGAAGAGAGAGUUAAAAUCCAGACGGCCCUUCAGGAGGAAAGAGCAGCAUUGGAGGCUGCAAAAGAAGCCCACCAACAGGUCAGGUCAGAGGAGCUCCGACUACAGGCGGAGCUUCACAGAGUCGACGGUGAAAACAAGAGUCUCCUGUCUCAAGCAGCACUCAAAGAGCAGGCCACGCUUGCUCUUGAAAACCAACUAAACAUGGCAGAGCAGGACAGGAGUCGACUUCAGUCUCGCCUGGAUGAGGUUGGGCAAGGGGGUCUGAGCUUCCAGGCCCAAUUGGACCUCAUGGAGGAGAAGACCCGAGUUCUGCAACGCGAGUUGGAAGAACAGAAACAAGACAGCCGCGCUCUGGAGGAGCAGGUGCAAGUUCUGACUCAGGAGAAGGUGGCACUGCAGUGGGAAAUGGAGGAGGAGCGACAUAAACUCCAAAGCUCCCAGAGUUCAGAGAUGGAAAACUGGAGGGAACAAUAUGAGGAGCUGUUUACAAAAGUCAGGCCCUUCCAGGAGCAGCUAAAUGCGUUUGCGGCAGAGCGAAAUGCACUACUCAAUGAGAACGGAGCAAACCAGGAGGAGUUGAACAAGUUGUCCGAUGCCUACGCUCGUCUGCUGGGCCACCAGAACCAGAAGCAGAAGAUCAAACAUGUGAUGAAGCUGAAAGAUGAGAAUAUCACCCUGAAACAGGAGGUGUCUAAGCUUCAGUCCCAGGUGAGUCGGCAGAAGAGGGAUCUCGAGCAGCUGAAGUCGAAGCUCCCUGGUUCUACUUGCCGCAGGUUUGAUCCCAGCAAAGCUUUCCAACACGACAAGGAGAACAGGCAACGUGAAUCUCUUAAGGAAGGAAAUUAUUGUGCAUAAUGGAGCUGUUCUGCCAGACAAGAAAUGACAACUAUAUUGAAUUUCUAUUGGGCUUUGAAAUACUUAUGAACCUUUUUCUUUGAUGCUUUUAAAUCUGGAUUUGUACAAAUAUUUUUGUGUCCAUUUUGUUAAGUGGUUUUACAGCCUUUUGUGGCAAAUUGUUACAUAGAGAGUGUAUGUAUGCAUCUGUUUUUGAUUUUAAAAAGACAUGUUAGCAGUAGACUCUGGCCAGAAGCAGUGUGUGAAAAUAAUAAGGUAGUAGAUGGCAAGUCUACACACAGUCCAGAGGACAAUAGUAUAGUCUGCAUUAAGAUAUGAUCUGUGUUUUGGGAUUUUAUCAUUUUAACUUUCUUAGCAUCUGCUAGGGUAGCAGAACCAGUAACUAUUUCAUGUGGGAUAGUUCAUAAUAACUCUUUCUUCUUUGUAAAUAAAGACAGAUUUUAAUACUCUUGUUAAA